AUGGAGUAUCAGAAUAUUGUAGUGGCACCGACGCCAGGUGUUGGCGCGUUUAUCAGUGGUGUUGAUCUGUCUGAGUUCGAUGACGCCAGCUUGAUUGAGCUGAAAAAAGCAUUUGCGGAAUACGGUGUGCUGUUCUUUCGCGAUCAGCAGCUUGAUGAAAGCAAACACAUUGCCUUAGCCAGGCGUUGGGGUGAGAUCAACAUCAACAGGUUUUUCACCCCGGUUCCCGGUUACCCAGAAAUAGCGCAGGUACUUAAAGAACCUGAACAGACCGCUAAUAUAGGUGGUGGCUGGCACACUGACCACUCUUACGAUCAGGAGCCAGCGCUGGGUUCUAUGCUCUACGCAAAAGAGGUGCCACCGGCAGGUGGCGAUACACUUUUUGCAAACUGCGCCGCUGCCUAUGAGGCUUUGUCUCCCGGUAUGCGCGCAACACUGGCUGGUUUGCGUGCGGUACAUUCGUCGCGUCACGUUUUUGGUGAAAGUUCAUCUUACUCAAAUGAAAUGUCGGGACGACUGGGAAAUGCUGAAGCAGCAACACAGGAUGCGGUCCACCCGGUGGUGAUCAAACAUCCACUAUCGGGUCGAAAAACGUUAUACGUAAAUCCUGCAUUUACGCUGCACUUCGAAGGUUGGACGGCGGUUGAGUCCAUGCCGCUUUUACAGCAGCUGUAUAAUCACAUGAUGCGCGCUGAGUUCACUUACCGUCUGCAGUGGGCGCCUGGCACCCUGGCUUUCUGGGAUAAUCGUGCAACCUGGCACUAUGCGCUGAAUGACUAUCAGGGUGAGCGUCGGCUGAUGCACAGAAUUACCCUGGAUGGCGGGCGAAUUGCAGCUUAG